AGAGGUGCUUGCGGUCAGCUUGCAGAGUGGGGCCCGGCCACAGUGCUCCUCUGAGGGAGCCUCACUCUGCUCUCUGACCCCAGAACCUGCAUCCCUCCCCAAAACCAACGGCAAGCAGCUGUGUCCUCUCCACUUGCAGCUGGAAUAGGCAGUUUGAUGCCUUUGCUGCGCUGGCAACAGGGCUCUCUCUCUUGGAUGUCUCAGCCAUGACAGGUGAGGACUCCAUCAGCACCUUGGGCCUGAUCCUUGGCGUGGGGCUCUUGCUGCUGCUCGUGUCCAUCCUCGGCUACAGCCUGGCCAAGUGGUACCAGCGCGGGUACUGCUGGGAGGGGCCUAAUUUUGUCUUCAACUUAUAUCAAAUCCGGAACCUGAAGGAUCUGGAGAUGGGUCCACCCUUCACCAUCAGUGGUCACAUCAGCAGCACAGAUGGUGGCUACAUGAAGUUCUCCAAUGGGCUAGUCUGAUGCAGAGACAGCAACUUGUGAAGCCCUGGGGAGAUGAGAAGACUGAGGCCCAGAACUGACAUGAUAGUUUCAUGUGGAGAGAACAGAAAGUGGCUGAGCAUUCUUUCUACUCCCUGGGGCUGUUGCCUCUUCCUGUUUGCCUUUGGAGCAUUUCCAGACCAACAAGCUUGCUGCAGCAGUCCAUCCGACCAUUCGCAUAUUAUAGCAUACCAUGUGCGGGGUGUCCCUGGAGCUGUCAGUGCUGCAGAAGCAGUUGGAAGUGGAGUCAGUGAGUCUUUCAAUUCUUUCAAAAUGUUGAUUGUGAAAGAUGGGAGAGAAGGUGGUGCUGGCCAGUAAGUUUUCAGAACCUUUGGCUGUCUUCCCCAAGGAGGCCUCCCAGAAAGCGCCAGCUGGGCCAAAUGCCCGCUCUCCACACGCCGUCGACCCCUGUGCACAUCCCCAUGACAGCCCGUACAGUCAGUGCCUCCCGUCCUCCUGGCCUGACAAAGUCUCGUCUGCAGUGCCCACUGCCUGCCAUCUGCUUACUGCCCAGCUCCUCCAGUUCUGGGGGAGCCCAUGCAGCUCUGUGCACUGCAUCAGGAGGACUGCGGUAUAGAGAUUAGACUGAGGGAGCAGGAGUGGAUGCAGAGGAGCAGGACAGAGCCUCAUGGUGGUCCAGGGGAGAGGUGAAGACGAAUUUGACCAGAUGACAGUGGGAGGUGGUGACAAGUGAUUGGAUUCACCAUCUAUCUGGAAGGUAGAGCUGAUAGGACUUACUAAGGAGUUUGAUGGGGCAGAAAGGGCUGACUCCUGGAUUUUUGGCCUGAACUAGGGGAAAGAUGGUGCCAUUUAUCAGGUGGGGAAGACUAGGGGAGGAAGGAGUGUCGGGGGAAUCAUGAGCUCUGUUGUAGACACUAUAAUUUUGAGAUGUAUGCUAGACGGAGCUGCUGAUGAGGCAGCUGGAUAGAGUUCUGGAGAGAAACCCUGUUUGGGCAUUUGGAAGCCACCAGCAUCCAGAUAACACUUAAAGGUGUGGACUGGGUGAUAACAAGUAGGGGGCAGUGAGGAGAAAAAGGACUGAUUUUAAUAGAACAAGCAGCGAAUCAACAGGUUGUUCCUUAAAGAGGUGACUCAGUGUGUGCUGGAAUCACCUGCAAUGUGGUCACUAUAAGUUGUUUCCCUAGCAGGUCCUUGGGAACCGGUUUUCAGAAAUUCUGGGCCUUGGGGAGCAGCUUAGGAAGACAAAUACUCCCAUGUAAUUCUGAUAGAGGCAAUCUUCUGAGAAACUCUGCCUUAGGGGACAGGUAGAGGGGAUGUGGGGAGGUGGAGGGCAAGGGUCACUUCCAGGGCUGGGGUGACCAGAUAGUAGGAUUCUGAAGAAAGUUCCUGUUCUCUCCAGGGUCACUGUGAGGUCUUAAUCUCCACCAUGCCCUUCUGCCCCAUGUGGGUAGAGGUAGACAGGUGUGGCACCCUACACCCAGGCCUUUGCAGAUCAUGUACUAGUCUGUACCCCUCCCUGAGCCUCUCAGCUCUACAGAUUAGACAACUUACUAAAGGGAGCCCUCAGCUGCACCCUUGAUGGGCUUUGAUUGACCAAGGAGCCCCAGUGAGGCUCCUGGCUGGGCUCUGCAAGACAGAUACUAAACACAGCCGUGGCUCCUGUGACUUGACGAGUUGAAGGGAUGGCAGCCUGCUUUUCCUCAAGGCAGGAAGUCAUCGCGUGAAUAUUCUAACUGCGUAUUGGCUGCAGGGGUUUGGGGAUCUUCUCCAAGCCGGCGUCCUUACCUUCACACUAAGGGCUAUGAGCUCAUUCACUCUCACAUGGGAAUCCCUAGCCCUGAGCCUCACAGAUCCAGGCCAGCCUUGCCAAUUGCUGAAAGACCUUUUCUUGGAUGACUUGUCAUUAUUAAGCCAGAACUCAUCAUCUCCCCUCUCCCUCCACACCUGUGUCUCCCUUCCAUGUCCAUAUUUCGCUUUUCUCAUCAUCGGGUUCAGGUGUGACUAGCACUUCUGAGACCUCCUUCUUUCACUCCAGCCUGUUGUCCCAUCUUGAUAAUUCUUCCUUUAAAAUGUCUUUGAGUCUGUCCCUUUCUCUCUGUUCCCACUGCCCCUGCUCAAUACUGUCAUUUGAUUAGACUAUUGUAUAAGCCUCUCUUAUGAACUGAAUAUUUUUGUCUUCCCCAAAUUCAUGUUGAAGCUCUCACUCCCAAUGUGACGGUAUUUGGAGGUAAAGCCUCUGGGAGGUAAUUGGUUUAGAUGAGGUCAUGAGGAUGGGGCCUCCAAGACGGGAUUAGUGCCCUUGUAAGAAAGUGGAAGAGAGACCAGAGCUCUUUAUCUCCACCGUGUAAGGCCACAGCAAGAAGGAGGCCGUCUCUAAGCCAGGAAGAGAGCCCUCCCAGGGAACUCACUCAGCUGGCACCUUGAUCCUGCACUUCCCCACCUCCAGAACUGUGAGAGAUAAAUGUCUGUUGUUUAAGCCACCCAGUCCAUGGUGCUUUGUUAUAGUAGCCCAGCUUAAGACAGCCUCAUACCCUGUUUCUCUGCCUCGUGCCUCAUCCUUCAUGUGGAAUACUAGUUUCUUUCACAUCACUUAUCACUGAUUGUAGUAAUACAUUUGUUGUGUUUCUUUGCUUGGUGUUUAUCUUCAUAACCAGAUGACAGGCUCCAUGAAGCCAUGCUUGUUUGGUUCACCACUCUGUACCCAGGGCUGCACACCAUGUCCAACACAUAACAAGUGCUUCAUAAUGUUUUUGACAAAAUGAAAUGCUGACUACAAUAAAAGUCUCCAGCCAGG